GUCUGACGGAAUUCAUUGCAGUAAGAGCAGAGAAUCCAAUAAGAAAAUAUCAAAGUAUUUUCGCAAAGCCGCGGAUAUUGUGCGUUUUUAUAUGGAAAACGAUAAGUGAAAUGCAAGGAAUUUAAAACAUUUCCAUGCGAUAUUUGUAAAAAACUAUCACAGUUACGGUAUGCAAAAAUAUAAACGAGCGGUUGCGUACAUGUGAAGUGCUAAAUAUCGUGUUAGCAUAAAGUUUUAAUUUACAGUGUCUACAGAUGUCUACAGACUGUAAAAGCCCAUAUUUGGUGAAGUGAAGAAAAGCCAUAAUCGUGAAAAUAACCUAUGCGGCGGAAAAUUGAUGGAAAACAAGUUUUAAUAUUGUGCAUAACUUGCAAAAGAAAAAAGAACCGGGCUUGUAGUAAAAAGAGGCUGAAGUUGGCAAACUAUAUUGAAAGCAAGAGAAAAAAUUAGAAAAGUGUAAAGGCAAAAGUAAUCUAAAUCUUGAAAGAUUUCAAUUCUCAGCUUGUGGUUUUACUUUGGCAUGCAUAUUUUACACGUUGCGUCGUUUUGGAUAAUAACUCAAAAUUGAAUUGAGCUACUUACGGUUGCAUUACUUUUGAAGGGUUCUUAAAGGAGAUUUUCGUUUGUUUGUUGAAAGUUCUCUAAAUUUUAAGUGUAACUUCUGAGUGAGCUCCAAAAGCAAUAAAGAUAUUUCCAUGCAUUUGUUCUAAAUUUUGUUCAUUGAUGGUGAUAUACUUGUGCGCGCAUUCGCUGCAACGCCGACGAAUUGUUCACAAUUAAAUACAAGCUGGCUGAUCAACUAGGCUGCACAAAUAUAUUUACACGACAAUUCCUAAUUCAUUCCGACAAUUUGACGUGACCACCAUCAUAAUAUAUAACAAAUUAAUACAACGUGCGCGUAUUUAGCGAUUUUCCCACAAAAUCUUGCAAAGUGCUCCGCGAAGGACUGCAUCGUUGCCUGGCCACUGGAUUUGCAACAACUGCAGCCUGGUUACCCUUCCAUUGGUUAGCUAAAGAAAGUUUCAUAUUAGCUACUUUGCGCUGUUAAAAUACGCCAAUACAAAUUUGUUCAGUGUUUUUGCAGCUCGUGAAGUUUUGUUAUUGUUUUAUCAAACGUCGACGUCACAUUCACUAUAAUGGCUGACUUUGAUCUAAAUGUGGAUAGCCUCAUACAGCGGCUACUUGAGCUGCGCAGUUGUCGUGCCGGCAAAUCCGUACAAAUGUCCGAGGCCGAAGUGCGUGGUCUCUGCCUGAAAUCACGUGAAAUUUUUCUACAACAACCCAUUCUACUGGAACUCGAGGCACCACUUAUCAUAUGCGGCGACAUACACGGCCAGUACACAGACUUGCUGCGUCUUUUUGAGUAUGGCGGUUUUCCACCAGCAGCCAAUUAUCUCUUCCUUGGCGACUAUGUUGAUCGGGGUAAACAGUCGUUGGAGACUAUUUGCCUACUGUUGGCCUACAAAAUUAAAUAUCCGGAGAAUUUCUUCUUGCUGCGCGGCAAUCACGAAUGCGCCAGUAUUAAUAGGAUCUAUGGCUUCUACGACGAAUGCAAACGCCGCUACAAUGUGAAAUUGUGGAAGACCUUCACAGACUGCUUCAAUUGCCUACCCGUUGCCGCUAUUAUCGAUGAGAAGAUUUUCUGUUGUCACGGUGGUCUGAGUCCUGAUUUGCAGGGCAUGGAACAGAUACGUCGCCUUAUGCGUCCAACUGAUGUACCCGAUACCGGCCUGUUGUGCGAUUUGCUGUGGAGUGAUCCCGAUAAAGAUGUGCAGGGUUGGGGUGAGAAUGAUCGUGGCGUGAGUUUCACAUUUGGCGUGGAUGUGGUGUCGAAGUUCUUACAUCGGCACGAACUGGAUCUCAUCUGUCGAGCGCAUCAGGUCGUCGAAGAUGGCUACGAAUUCUUUGCGCGCCGCCAACUGGUCACACUCUUCUCGGCGCCAAACUACUGCGGUGAAUUCGAUAAUGCUGGCGGCAUGAUGACUGUGGAUGAUACGCUAAUGUGCUCGUUCCAGAUCCUCAAACCAUCCGAGAAGAAAGCGAAAUACUUGUACAGCGGCAUGAAUUCGUCGCGACCAACAACACCACAACGCAAUGCACCGCUAAUAGCAUCGAAUAAAAAGGGCAAAUAAUAUAUCCAUCCACUUCCAUUUCCUUAAAAGUUAAUUAAUUACUAUAUAAAAUUAAAAUUCGAAAAUAUAAAUGAGAAUGCAAACAAGCAAAACAAUGAAAACUGUAACAACAAAAAACCACAGAAUAAACAGAAAAAGCAAACGAAGCGCGCUAGCAGCAAGUAAGGAUAAAAAAUAAAAAUAAAAAAAAAAUAUAAAAAAAAUUAAAAAAAAAAAUUUAACAAAAAAAAAACGAGCGAGUUAAACAGUGGGAUAUGUAUCAGCAAUUACAGCAACAAUAAUAUAACAACAAUACACAGAUUACAGUGAAAUGAAAGAAAAUGUGCAACAUAAUUAAACAAAGAAAAAAUUAUUAUAAACCGCAAUUAGCAAACAUUUAUUAAAUAAAUACAAAUACAUAAACGAUAAGAUUUUAUUUAAACAAAUAUAUUAGUAAAAAAUGCUUGUAAUGCCUGCAGGCAGACAAAACUGCAAAGGUCCGAAACAAAUAUCUAUGAUCAUACAUAUAUGUACUGAUUUCAUUUUCUGUUAUCAUUUUUAUUUUUAGUAAAGCGUAAAUAAACCGCUGAAAGAUGUAUACAUUUUAUAUAUAAUUCAUAUUUCACGAAAAAAGAGAUAAAAUAAAACUCAUGUAGGAAAUUGUUGUUGUGUAAGAGCAUAAAACGGGAUAAAAUCCAUUAUACUAUAUGCUAAAAUAAACAACAAAAGUUGCAGAUCUGUAUUCAAAUACAUACAAACAAAAAAAGUUAUAUAGGAAGAUUGAAGCUUCGGUUGUGUGGGCUGAGCUGCUGAUGUGACAGGAAAGAAAUUUAAAUGUGACAAGUGUGAAAAAGCGCGAGAAAAAAGGCUUAAGAAAGAAAAGUCAAUAAUUUUCAUAACUAAGAAGAACCAUCGAAUAAAUCUAUUUUAACUUGAAGAAAGAAGGCCUUAAAUAAAAAAAAAAAAAUGGAAAAAGCGAAUCAAAAUAAUGCGUUUAUUUACAAUUUUUUCUCUAUAGAAUACAAACCUUUAAGUUCGAAUUUUCAGAGAUCGAGAAUUCGAAAGUUUUAAAAAAUAUCUGACAUUUUCAAAGCAUUUAAUUUUUUUUUUAUCUCUAAAUGCCUUUUAUGCAAAAAAGUGACAUUGCAUUUCAAAAGUUGUUGCCGAUUUUUAAACUUUCCCUGCAAGAAUUGCCUUUUGUUCCGUUUUUAUAAUUAUUGAAAUUGAAAAACUGGAAGAGUAAGCAAAAACUUAGAAAUAAAUCAUAAACUUAGUUUAAAAUCUAACAGAGAAUUUCUGUAAGUUCUGCAAUUUUAGUAAAUUUUGGUACAAGUUUCGAAAUGCUCGAUAUAAGAUUUGUACAACGUAACUUUUAAAAAUAUUUUCGAAAUUUCAAAAAAUAUUUACAAUUUAACAAAUUAAAAACUGGACCACCUUACAAUUGCCUUUCAAUUGAAAUUUCUCACUAGCGUGAUUUUCGAAAGUGUGAAAUAAAUGCAUACAUCAAAUUAUCGCGAAAGGUGAGUAAGCCCAAAAAAAAAUUUUUGCUGCGUUUUAGAAAUACCUACGCAUUUUUUAAUUUUCAAAAGUAAUUUUUUGUUCGUUUCUUAAAAUGUCACACUCUUGUAAGGCAAAAAAGGCUCAUUCUCUGCGCUUUGAAGCGUUCGAAAUUUUCGGGUUCGAAAUUGUUUUUCAACAUAAAAUUGCAUAUUGAACUGAAGCGGUAGAAAAUGACUUUUUUGAAAA